UCCCUUUGAGUUUCCCAGAUCCCAGGCCAGAACUUUAUAUUUUUGUAUAUUUAGUGUUUAUUGGGGAUAAACUUAUUUUAUGGACAAUAAUAAUUACAAAUUUGUUAACUCAGUUGAUCCGUCUAAAUGCCGUGCUAAAAUAAAAGAAAAAUUUUCCAAGCUCACUCUUUCUUCGAAUAAGAAAAUCCAAGAAAAAUCUGAAAUGCCGCAGGAUCAGGAUAUUCGGUUUCGAGAAGAAAUCGUAGACAGGCGAAUAAGUAGAAAUCUGUUGAGCGAAUUACUCACCGAGGACGAAUCUGACGAAGAAUCUGGUGGCCAAGAUAGAAAAAUAAACUGCUCAUCGGGGAAUGGGAAUCUUCUGAUGCGAACAGAUUCUUCUUCGAGUCUUGAGAAUAUUGAGUCGGGUAAUAGACAUGUCAAUGCACUCAAUGCUACUGACGCAACACAUUGUUCUGAGAUUGAAAAAGAAGUGGAAAAGUCCCUUGAAAUGGAACCAUUGAUGGUGAGCUUCUUGCAAAACACCCAACAAUUGGAAGAAGAAAUAGAAAUACUCUCUUCGCGAGUCAGCUCUUUGGCAAUGACAGUUCCUCCUCCAGCUCUUCCUUUGACAAUAAGCUCAGAACAUAAUCCCCAAGAUGUCAGUCGAAUUGUGUCCACUGAGAACCAGAGAAUGGCAAGUGCUGGACAAGUUGUUUCACAGCCCGUUAGGCUACGGGCUGAACUAAAACAAGAGCCAGAUGUUUCUAUUUGCAUCUCAUCUUCUUAUGAUGAUGAUCUCCGAGAGGAAAGUGAUUCUCCUAUAACAAUCUCAGAUUCCUCAGAUGAUGACGAGGAGAGUGAGCAGGAGGAGGAACGAGCGCCAGCGCAACACCAGGAAGACGAAACAGAACUCAACGUAUCAUCGAUAGUCGUUGCUCCAAGUUCAUCUCAGAAUAUGACGAUGGUGAAAGCCAACCAGAUGGCAGCCUUUCUACGAGAUGUCCGCAAGAAUUACGGCCUACCCACUGACUCUCCGGAUAGAGACUUCGAGAGGAGACAACGCGAGAUAGCCACCGCUGAUACAGAGCCCAUGACUGUAGAAAACGACUCACGAAGCGCAGGAACGGCCCGGCGAAUCGCUACAGCCGACACCGAAUCAAUGACUGACCCUACCACUAUUAAAGAUCCAUCUCCGGACUCAAAUCGAAGACUAGCCCUAGACGACACAGAAGAUAUGACGAGAGCAGACGAGUCCCUUCGAAGCUCGCGGCAUUAUAAUCCUGUGAUGAAAGUCGCCUCAGAGCUGCUCGAUGAGAGUGUGCAUCGAUCCUCUGACCCUAUUCCCGACGACUCACUGACUAUUGCCGAGACCUCAGAUGAAGAAGAACCACCACCACCAUCAUCACCAUCACCACCACCGGCUCCUUCACAACCAACUUCUCAAUCAUGCGAUACUUCAAACGUCGCCGAAUUGAAGAGAAGUGAAACAUUAUCGCAGAUUCGAUCGAGAUCAAAAUCGACCAACUCUUCCAUGUCCAGUGCUGAUACUCAGGUCCAGAUAAACAUAUCAGCGAAGAUUAACAUCAAGAUCCAAGUGUCCCACCAGCAGGAUGACUCAAACUCCUCCGAGCUCACAGAUUCAUUUCAAUCUAACGACAAGUCUACAAGUCAAUCGAUCGUCGAGGAACCACAGCCACACAACGGCAGCAGUGCCCAAAAGGGAAACAACAAUCAGAGUCGAGCCAUCGAAGACAUUCCACAUUCUCCACCCGAACGCGAUAUACCCGAGAACGAGAACGUGCCAGAAACUCCUUCCGCUGAUUAUAUGGACAAGGCUCAACAAUUGUUGAAUGAAUUGUACGGCGAUCAAUGGAUGACGCCUCAAGUAAUGCGUUCCUUGAAAAAAGUUACACUUGAUUCCACAAAGAAGAAAACUGCAACACCCAAAGGAGCUAAGAAAACUCCUACGAAAGCAAGAGUACAACAGGAGCACCAGCAGCAGCGCCCAUCAGUUCAGAUGAUCGAUGAUGAACCAGAUGUGUUAAAAUCAAGAAGCACCAAAGUUCCGGAGCCCCAGAAUUCAAAGUUGGAGGUGACAAAAUCAAAUCCAGAACCAACUGACGAGAGCGUUCUUGCUGACUUUUCAAUUUUUCGAAGAAACAUUCCCCAAGAUUUGGACUCCACACGUUUGCCACCUCAACCCAAAUUUAAGGCCCCAAAACCGAGUCGCCGACAACAAAAGCCAACCGCCCAAGAACCUAAAUCCGGAAAAGUUAACGACGUGACGACCAAGACCAGAAGUGGCAGAGAAGUGCGACAAAAUUGGCGCAAAAUUGUUGACAGCGAUACCGAGUCGGAGGCAGACAACGCCUCAGACGAUUCCGAACGAUUUUGGGAGAAGAGCGUUGAUAAAAGUGAAGAACUCGAAAACAAGGAGCCACCAAGAAAUCGCAGACAGCGAUUGCCCAACAAGAAAAAACAAGACGCUAUAUCUCGCUUAAAAAAUGACGACGAGGUUAUUUACCUGGACCUGAGUAAAGACGAAGUAGAAAUAGAUCAUAACGUCUCCACAAGUCCAAAAGCCAAUAAUGAUGAAGUCUUUAAAAACCGUCUCCAAGAGAUUCUGAAAUCCUGCAAAUAUGAGGACAAGCCCAAAAUCAAUACACCAAACAGCAAAUCCAAGCGGAAAUUAUUCUCGGCUCUGGUGAAUGAGGACUUGGACAAUAUUGUGGCCCCCUUCGAUUCUCCAAAGGAGCGAGCGCAAGCACAAGCUAUCACUAUUGACGAGGAGAAUGUGUCGAUCUCCGGAGCCCGUAUGCCUGCGAAAUUCGAACCAUUCAACAAGUAUUUGGAGUCGGUGAAGACCGGCAAACCCAUCUUCAAGAUUCAAACUCCAAAAGCAAAGCCCAUCGACAUCGAAUCAUCAGCCUCACCCAAAACGCCCGCUUCAAAAUCAUCCAAAAAAGAGCUGAGGGAAAUUGUGGAGAUAAGCAAGACGCCUCGAGACAAAUAUGGAUUUUUGAGGUCGUUAGAUCUUUGUGUGGGAAAAUCAAAUUGCCACCCAGACGCGCUUUAUUACAGGGACAACUUUAGACUGAAGAAGGAGGAACUGGCCACGAGGCUGUACGAGAUUUACAAUACCAAGUGUUUCAAUGACACGCUCAAUGUUCCUCUCGUUUGGAACAAAAAACUUACCAACACGGCUGGCCGUUGUAUGAAUAAAAAAAGACUUGGAGAUCGAACUUGUGUGAUUGAGUUAAGCGAAAAGGUGUUGACUAGUGCCGAUCGACUGCGGUGUACUCUUAUUCAUGAGCUCUGCCAUGCAGCCACAUGGAUUCUGAACGGAGAGAGUGGCCAUGGAGCAACUUGGAAGGCGUGGGCUCGGAAAGCAAACUAUAUAUUUCCUGAACUGCCAAAAAUCGGAGUUUGCCAUCAAUACGACAUCGAGUAUAAAUAUACUUAUAAAUGCGUCCUUUGCGGAGCAAAAUCUCACGCUCAUUCGAAAUCAAAGAAAGUUGAAAACAUUCGAUGUUCCUAUUGCCAUGGAGCCAUUGAAGUGUAUCUAAAUAAGAAGGACAAAGAAGGCAAUGCGAUAUUGACUCCAGUUAAGGAACCAACUGGUUUUGCAAAGUUUGUCAAAGACAAGUACAAGCAAUUUAAAAGACCCGAUCUCAAGCACGCCGAUGUCAUGAAGCUGCUUAGCAAUGAGUUUGCUUCGAUGAAGGUCGAUGGUAAAUCAUAGAAAACAAAACUAAAAGUGUAAUCAUAAGUAUUUGUAUUUUGUAAGAUUUUAUUUUUUAUCAUGUUUUGCUAAUUUUCUUUUUUAUUUUGCAAAUUAUUUUAAAAAUUAUAUUUUUU